UUUGCAAUUUAUUUGCGUCAUGUAAUUAAUGUUCCGACUUUUGACAGCAGAUAGACGGACUUGACCCAGUUCGCGGUCAUGGAGAUAGAAAUCGUCUAUUUAGUAUAAAUACCCCAGACAAAUCAAUAGUGUUCAUAGUAUUGUCGUGGGGACAGGGGCAACAACAACAACUAAACAACAAAGUCUUCCAAUAUAUUUUAUUUUCCACUUCGAAUUCUGCUAGUCACGACGGGAUUUUUGUACAACACACACCGUGACCAUGCAGCAAGCAAACUACGCAAAUCUUUUGUUGACUGCUGUCGUUGUGUUGGGGUUUUGCAGUACGGCAGUGCAAUGUUUUUCAAAGAAGGAUAAGUAUCCACCACCGCCACCGAUAGAGCAAAGAGCCGAGAUGGCUCGUUAUGUUGUACACAGGGCUGACUGGUGUACUCUGACGACCAUCUCGAGCAAUUCUGACCUCCUUGGUCUGGCGUUUUCUGAGCCGACGUCAGUGAGUGACGGCACCGUUGCAAACAGCACUGGAGUACCAGUGAUGUACCACGCCAUACAGAGCUACGUGAUGCAGGACAUUAUGAAAAACAGCAAGGUGACGCUGAGUUUCAGCGAAGCAGUGUUUGGUGCUGAACAAUGCAACCCUGGCCCAGAAUCUGAUCCCGAGUUUCCACUGUGUGCUCGUGUUACCAUAAUGGGCAAUGCCGUCAUCCUAACCGACCCCAAAGAAAUCGCAGCUGCCGAAAAAGCCCUCUUCUCACGCCACCCAGCAAUGGCCUCUUGGUCUAAAGCGCACGAGUUCAAAUUUUUGAAGCUCAACAUAACCAAUGUUUUGAUCAUCGAUUUCUUCGGUGGAUGGGUCACUGUACCGGUGGAUGAGUACAUGAAAGCAAAACCGUAAGGAGGGACCAGGAUACCAGACUAUGAUUAACGCUUUUUUAAACUAUCGUAGCUUUUUUCGAAACUUCUGCUUUUUUUAAUUAAUUAAGAGGCUUUGCCUCUGCUUAGGGUCUGGCUGCGGAUUCCAAUUGAUAUUAAACCGUGAGGAGAGAACAGGACACCAGGCUAUGAUUAACGCUUUUUUAAACUAUCGUAGCUUUUUUCGAAACUUCUGCUUAGGGUCUGGCUCCGGACUCCAAUUGAUAUUAAACCUGUGCAAAUUUGGUCUUUCAGUUGUGUGAGUCAGGAGAAAAUAGUGAAAAACUAUUCAUGUUUUUCAGCAUUUGUAAACACACUAAUUUUGGUUGUAACAACCGAUAUCAGCAGUAAGGAAACAUUUCACAGAAAAAAUUAUUUUAGUAUGAACUUCAU